UGUUGGGUUCUUCGUGUUUCUCGGUUUGGGGGAUUGUGCGCAAGUUUUCUUGAGUGUUAGAGGGGUCCACGUACACAUAAAAAAUAAGCUCAUUUCUAAUAUUUAUAUCUUUGAAAAAAAUGAGAAAGAUAUUUUCAACAGCUGAAAUUAAGACAACCAAAAGAUGAUGCGGGUCAGAUCACAAACAAACGCAAAAUGAGAUUGCGUAAGCCCUAAUCCCUUGACUAGUAUUGAAAUAGACCUACCGGAGGUAUAUAUAUUCCAAAAUGAUAUGUGACUGGUUCAUAAGCUCAUGUUGUUCACUGAACCCUGCUACAUGAUGAGAUUUCUAGUCGUGUUAGUUUUUGUUGGAGUCAUCAGAGUCGGCUGUUUUUCAACAGUCAGGAACAAUCUUGGAGCUCAAAAUGUGGAAGAAAGGUCUGCGCAGUUCACAAAGGAUGAUAAGGGUGACAAACGCCAUUUUUACCGAUACCUUGACGUUAAUCAAAAUGGCAUACUGGAAAGAAGAGAGUAUAUCGACUUGGUAAUCCAGAGAGCAAAACGCCACUUAGACGCCGAGAGACAAUCUGAACUAGACGAUAUCAUGAAUGAAGCUUGGCUGGAUUUCUUGUCCAACGAAGGAGAUAACUAUCCUGAGUCGGUCAAACUAAACCCGGGCGAUACAGAAGAACACCUUACACCUAGAAGACGUCGGCAACAUAGAAUUUUCAUAAGAGCCCUUUUCGUUAUUUUUGACUCUGACGCAGACGAGAAGUUGGACAACCAAGAGCUGGUGCGUUUCUUUGAAGUUUUCCAAGUCCCGGCGGCUGAACUUGGUCUGUCCUUUGACCACAUUGACACAAACCAAAACGGCGCGAUUGACAAGAGCGAGUUUCUUGAACUGGCGGAUUAUGCAAGUUUUCUGGGGUGUUGGAAGCAAUCCGGGCUUUCAACGUGUAAACAUAGAAAAUAAGUACAUUUGCAAAGUUUGUAUCUCUGAAAAAAAACGAGAAAGAUAUUUUCAACAUUUGAAAUUAAAAUAUCCAAACUAUGAGGUUAUAAAAUGACGAGAUAUUGGAUGCUUCGCCAGCUAGGUGGUUCAAUUCACUAUUACUGACAUUAAUUUCUACUAAUUACUACUAUCAAAGUCGGCUAUUUUUCAACAACAGGUUAUCACGGUAUCAUUUAUUCAGAAAUAAGGCAACCAGCACUCUCUAACCACAGACUGUCCAUGUAACAUAAAAUCUCAAUGGCAAUCUUGUACUCAACUUAACUUGCUGUCUACUAGGGGUGUGUGGGAGUAGCACAUUAUUAUCU